UAAUCGCAGGUCGUCGUUCAGAUUCAGUACGAGUUUAUGCUUCGUCCAAAGUUGAGCUGCGAUGGAAAAAUUUGGUGCUAUCCUGGGCGUGGCACUGGUGCUACUGCUCCACAGCCUAGAUGUGGUUAAUGGCCGGAAUGAGGACAUCUGCCGCUUGUUCUCCAACAAUACGGUGAUCCGAGAUCCCGAAUCCUGCAGUCAAUCGAUCACGUGCAUCGAUUCCGUCAGCUACUACAGUACAUGCACGGGAUCUACUCCGUUUUUCGACAAGGACACGGGCAAGUGCGUCAAGUCACUGUCCACAUCCACGUCCAGCUGCUCGAUAUCCUGCGCGGAUCGGGCCAAGCAAUUCCUGGCCGACCCCAAGUCCUGCUACGGCUACUAUUACUGUGCGGACGAGGAGACGGCCAUGUACGGCACCUGUCCGUCGGAGACGCACUUCAAUGCCACCACCCAGAUGUGCUCCCGCCAAUACGAAUCGGACUGCACCACCAGCAGCUUCGAGUACUGCAGCAUUGUCAAGAACGGCGUAAACUUCGACAAUCUGCAGGGUUGCCAUAUGUAUCACGUCUGUGAGAAGGGUGUCCUGAAGGACAAGACAUGCUCGAAAACCUAUUAUCAGGCCAGCACGGGCGAGUGUGUGUCCAAGGCUCUGGUGGAUUGCGAUGCCCAUCCGCUGCCCACGAAUGUCUGCGGCAAGGCCAGUAAGCCCUACGAGAACAAGUUCGUCUCGGAUGAGGCCACCUGUCGCGGCUACUUCUACUGCGCCAUGCAGAAGGAUGGCACCCCGGACGCCAAUCCGGUGUGGAACCAGUGUCCCCAGGACAAAUUCUUCGAUGCGAGCAGCCAGAUGUGCAUAACCCCCAGUUCGGUCAAGUGCUCCAACGAUCGUUGCGACGGUCGAACUGCUAGUUUUGUCGUUAGUGGCACCAAGGGCUGUCGCAACUAUCUGAGCUGCUCCGACGGCAUCACCGUGAGCGAGAGGUCCUGCGGCAACUACUUCUUCGACGAUCAGCUGGGCGCCUGCACUCCAAGUGUCCAGACCUACACUGCGUGCAAGUCGUAGUCGUGUGUUUCCAAUAAAGCCCAGAUUUCAUUAAGGCGUUAA